CGAUUACCUUGCAAAACGCAAAUUCUCCCCUGUUUCGUCCUAAGAACCUCUCUCCAAUGGCAACUUCAAACUUGAAGCAAACACUAGGCGAUCUAAACAAGGAAUCCUUCAUCUCACUGCUAACCAAAAUCAUAGGUGAAUCCAAGUUCUUACAAAACAACCCACCAGAACUAAUCCCGGAAGAAGACAGGGUAAUCAAACAUGUACUAGAUUGUCUGCUCCCUUACAGCACCACAACCGGUGGUCCUUUGAUCGUUAACCAUGUCACUUAUUUCCCUGGUAGAGGCAAUCUUAUUGUGGAAUAUCCUGGGACUCAACCCGGCAAGAUCUUGUCUUUUGUUGGUAUGCAUAUGGAUGUUGUCACCGCUAACCCCAAUGAUUGGGAUUUUGAUCCUUUCUCGUUGAGCAUCGAUGGCGAUAAGCUUCGUGGCCGUGGAACUACUGAUUGUUUGGGACAUGUUGCACUUGUGACUGAACUAAUGAAGAGACUUGCUGAGACAAAACCGAAGCUAGAAUCGACUGUCGUUGCAGUUUUUAUAGCUAAUGAAGAGAACUCGGCUAUAACUGGAGUUGGUGUUGAUGCUUUAGUGAAGGAUGGUCUGCUUGAUAAACUGAAGGGAGGCCCACUUUUCUGGAUUGAUACAGCUGAUAAACAACCUUGCAUUGGUACCGGUGGUAUGAUACCAUGGAAACUUCAGGUGACGGGGAAGCUUUUUCACAGUGGUUUACCGCACAAGGCUAUAAAUGCAUUGGAGCUCGGCAUGGAAGCACUUAAGGAAAUUCAGCUACGGUUUUAUAAAGACUUCCCACCCCAUCCGGAUGAGCAAGUAUAUGGAUUUGCUACACCAUCAACCAUGAAACCAACGCAAUGGAAUUAUCCAGGUGGUGGAAUCAAUCAAAUACCAGGAGAGUGUACAAUAUCGGGAGAUGUCAGGUUAACUCCUUUCUACAAUGUAAAAGAUGUAAUGAGUAAGCUUCAAGAAUACGUAGAUUACAUAAACGAAAAUCUAAACAAGCUAGACACACGGGGUCCGGUUUCAAAAUAUAUCCUCCAUGACGAAAACCUUAGAGGAAGCCUUACUUUGACUUUCGACGAGGCAAUGUCCGGUGUUGCUUGUGAUCUCAAUUCUCGUGGAUUCCAUGUAUUGUGCAAAGCAACUGAAGAGGCUGUUGGACAUGUGAAGCCUUACUCAAUUACCGGAAGUUUGCCACUCAUUCGGGAGCUACAAGAUGAAGGUUUUGAUGUUCAAACUGCUGGCUACGGUUUAAUGGCCACGUACCACGCCAAGAACGAGUACUGCCUUCUUUCCGAUAUGUGCCAAGGUUAUCACGUAUUUACCGGCAUCAUCGCUCAGCUAGAGGAUUGAAAGAUGACAAUAGAUUAAAUAUGAACUUUCAUAAUAGUUUUCUCAUCAAUAAUAAUGUCAUUUGAACUGUUUGUAUGAAUCCCUACUGCACAAAAUUUAUUGUUAGUUUGUUAAAUGUGGUUUUAUUUAUUUA